UAUUCCCAAUCCUGCAUCGACAGCUGAGCUAUCGAGCCUGAGCGUGCAUCCUCUGCCGUGGCUGGGGGCCAGUUACGCCGCCCAACAAGGCAGUAGCCCCUCUCCACCUCACUGAUUUACCUGCGCAUAAGCAUCGUCCUAGAGCAUGUCAGCCAGGAAGGAUCGUCGACUCGUUGAGGAAGCUCAACGUCGAGAUGUGCCAGCAGACCGCGGCACGCGGGGAUGGGCGCAGCAUUGGACACUAAGGACACCACUGGUGACAAUGGCUGUUCUCGCCAUCUCGUUGCAAAUAGCUCUGUUUGUCGGGUGCAUCCUAGCUGGCCCAACUGCUAAGCGAACUCGACAGGCCGUGCAAUGCACUACUCGGGCUUUCACUGGCGUCGUCUCUCUCCCAGGGGUCACUGUCAGUAUUGAGAAAGCAGACCACGUCCCACGAAAUGGAACAUACGGCGACCCGAACGACAAGGGCUUUCCUCAAACCAUCGACCUUCUGCCCGAGCUCUGCGCCGUGACCGUCAAGGUCACAAACACAUCCGACUUGCCGGGAAAGCCCCAGUCGGACUACCGUUUCGGCCUGUUCCUUCCCACUCCUCAAAACUGGAACUCUAGAAUCCUCACCGUAGGUAGCGGGUCUUUUGCUGGUGGCAUCAACUGGCCCGACAUGGGCCAAGGCCCACACUACGGAUUUGCGUCAAUAUCAACAGAUAACGGGCACAACUCCAACGGAAGCGACAUGUCUUGGGCGACGCCUGCGAGGCUGUAUGACUGGGGCUACCGAGCGAUGCACGGCUCUGUGCAGGUCGGCAAGCUGCUAACCAGCUACUACUACGGCGCGGACCUCGCUUAUUCCUACUACGCCGGCUGCUCGACCGGGGGCAGACAGGGCCUCAGAGAGAUCCAGUAUAGCCCGGACAGCUUUGAUGGCGCUCUCAUCGGUUCGGCGGCCUGGGACACCAAGCAUCUCAUGCCGUGGAUUUCCAAAGUCGCGUUUGAUGAGCUGAAUGGAAACCCAGGCGACAUUCUUGGUCUUCAGCAAUUCUCGGUUCUUGCUGCCGAGGUCCUGAGCCAGUGCGACCCCCAGGACGGCCUAACCGACAACAUCAUCAGCCAGCCGGAAUCAUGCGUAUUCAACAUCAGCCGCAUCGUGUGCUCAGAUCCUACUAGGUGUCUCACAGCCGGACAGGCGCAGGCGGCGAUGAGAAUCUGGGGCGACUACACCGUGUCAGGAAAGCUGGUAAGCCACGGGUUCGGCCUCAGCUCGGAGGACCAGUGGGCUGUCUACUUUGGCGACACAAACACACUGAAAGGUUUCGACUUCAGCUACGAGAGAAACUUCAUCUACAAUAACACGAACUGGGCGUGGCAGAACUACAACGACCAGGUGGUGGCGGAUUCCGAGCGAGUCAACCCCGGCCUGGCAACGGCAGAUCACUUCGACAUUUCUGGUUACAGGGACCGGUCCGGCAAGAAGAGCGGCAAGAUCCUGAUGUACCACGGCCUAGCUGACGGGCUUAUCUCGCCGAGGACUUCCCUGCAGUACUACAAUCAGACCAUAGCCGCGAUGGGGACAAACUUGGGCGACAUUCGAAGCUGGUUCCGCUUCUUCCAGGUGCCCGGCAUGCAGCACUGCUUCUUCAGCAACCGGUACAACGCACCGUGGGACUUUGGGGGGUCGAGCCAGGCGACACAGCUGAGGUUGCUCCCAACUCUCGGCGUCGGUCUGCCCGCAUUCGGCGAUGGAUGGUCUGUUCCUGGACAUCUGGGCGACCCUGCUUACGACGCUUUGGCGGCCUUGGUCCAGUGGGUGGAGAAUGACAAGCCCGUUGACCAAAUCAUUGCGACGGCAUUUAAUGCAGAUGGGUCGGUGUACAGAACGCGGCCGAUCUGUCCUUAUCCUCUGAGGGCGAAGUAUGGGAGCGGGAAUGUCAACAGGGCAUCGAGCUGGUCUUGUGCAUAGGCACGGUUUGGAACUGACCAGAGGCGCGGACUGUGGUUGCACAUGGAUGGACAUCUUUCGGUUAUAUUAUCUGUUGAAUACCUUCGUUUUAUUUCUCGUGUUCUCGACUGCAAUGGCAGCAGGUAGUGCGGAGCAGAACAUAUCUCCACACAGAUUGACGUAUCUUGACAUCGCGGACCAAUUAUUCAUCACCCAUUACCCCAAG